AUGCUAUAAAGAUUUUAUAAAAUAUUUAUUAAACUACACUGUGUAAUUCUCGAAUAAUUUUUAAAACUUAUUUUACUCUUAAUUUCAAUUCAAUAAAUUAUCAAAAUGGUGUUGGAUUUGGAUUUAUUUCGUGCCGACAAAGGUGGAAACCCGGACAAAAUUCGGGAAAAUCAAACUAAAAGGUUCAAAGAUGUAGGUUUAGUAGAAGAAGUGAUAAAUCAAGAUUCCUUAUGGAGACAAUUGAGACAUAAAGCGGACAAUUGGAAUAAAUUGAAAAAUGUGUGUAGUAAAGCCGUAGGAGAAAAGAUGAAAAAGAAAGAACCUGUGGGUUCAGAUGCAGACCCUGUUCCAGACAAUGUGAAGGAAAAUCUAGAUAGCUUGACCAAUGAUUUAUUAGUCCCAUUAACUGUCAACCAGAUUAAAAAGGUUCGUACACUUAUUGACCAAGCAGUCGUUCAAAAUGAACAAGAUUUGGCUGAAGCAAUGCAAAAACGCAAUUCUGCUUUAAGAGAAGUUGGUAAUCAUUUACAUGAUUCAGUUCCCGUUAGUAAUGAUGAAGAUGAAAAUAAAGUAGAACGCACAUGGGGUGAUUGCACAAAAAAGACUAAAUACUCUCAUGUUGAUCUUAUUUGCAUGAUUGAUGGAAUGGAUGGAGAAAGAGGUGCAACUGUAUCUGGAGGUCGUGGUUAUUACUUAACAGGUCCUGCUGUAUUUUUGGAGCAUGCUUUAAUACAGCAUGCGUUACAUUUGCUAUGGAACAAAGGAUACAAACCACUCUAUACACCAUUCUUUAUGCGUAAAGAGAUCAUGCAAGAAGUGGCACAGUUAUCACAGUUUGAUGAAGAAUUAUAUAAAGUAAUUGGCAAGGGUGCAGACAAAGACGAUUCUGAGAAAUAUUUAAUUGCAACUUCCGAACAACCAAUUGCAGCCUUCCAUAGGGAUGAAUGGAUAAGUGAAUCUGCAUUACCUAUUAAAUAUGCAGGUAUAUCUACUUGUUUUAGACAAGAAGUAGGAUCUCAUGGCAGAGAUACUAGAGGCAUUUUCCGUGUUCAUCAGUUUGAAAAGGUUGAACAAUUUGUACUUACAUCUCCUCAUGACAAUAAAUCUUGGGAAAUGAUGGAUGAGAUGAUUGACAAUGCUGAGAAAUUUUGUCAGUCUCUAGAAAUUCCAUAUAGGGUAGUUAAUAUUGUAUCUGGUGCACUGAAUCAUGCUGCUGCAAAAAAAUUAGAUUUAGAGGCCUGGUUUUCUGGUUCAUCUGCAUUUAGAGAACUUGUUUCCUGCAGUAACUGUUUGGAUUAUCAAGCUAGAAGAUUACUUGUGAGGUAUGGCCAAACAAAAAAAAUGAAUGCCGCAAUUGAUUAUGUCCACAUGUUAAAUGCAACAAUGUGUGCAACAACACGUGUGAUAUGUGCAAUUUUGGAAACGCAUCAAACUGAAACUGGUAUCAAGGUUCCAGAAGUACUUCGGAAAUAUAUGCCUGAAGUAUAUCAAAAUGAAAUACCAUUUGUGAAACCACCACCAAUAGAAUUGGAACAAAGUGCUAAAAACAAGAAAAAAGCAGAGGGGGAUAAACAAUAAUACUAUUAAUUUGACCAGCAAUCUAAUACAUAUUUAUUAUAAACAUUACAUGAAAAUAACUAAGCUUAUGC